CUGCAGACUCUCUGUGUCUCCAGAGGUUCGACCCUGGUCUGGGUCUCAUGUCUCCCAUGAACCCCCUGAUGGGACUCAGCCUGGUGCCCCCCCCCGCCCGUCCCCCCCGACAUGCCGGUCGUCAAGGAGAUCAUUCACAGCAAGAGCUGCACCCUGUUCCCUCAGAACCACAGUGAGACCAGCAGAGCAGCAGACCUGGACCUCUAUAUGUCCUCUUAUUUAUACCUGCCCCCUCCUUCCACUCGGGAGCGCCCACCCGGCUGUAAGACGGUGUUUGUUGGCGGUCUGCCGGAGAACGCCACGGAGGAGAUCGUCAAAGAAGUGUUCGACCCGUGUGGAGAAAUCAUCGCCAUCCGCAAGAGCAAGAAGAACUUCUGUCACAUCCGCUUCUGUGAGGAGUUCAUGGUGGACAAGGCUCUGUACCUGUCAGGGUACCGGAUGCGAAUCGGCUCCAGCACCGAUAAGAAGGACUCGGGGAGGAUCCACGUGGACUUCGCUCAGGCCAGAGACGACCUGUACGAGUGGGAGUGUCAGCAGCGCCUGCUGGCCCGAGAGGAGCGACACCGCCGCAAGGUCCACGAGGACCGGCUGAGACCGCCGUCUCCUCCUCCCAUAGUGCACUUCUCUGAGCACGAGGCGGCCACGUUAGCAGAGGGACUGAAAGAUGACCAUAAAUUCUGCGAGGCGACGGCGGUGCUGUUCACCUGGAUUGACCGCGGCGAAGUCAACCGCCGGACUGCCAAUCACUUCUACUCCAUGAUCCAGUCGGCCAACAGCCACGUCCGGCGGCUGAUGAGUGAGAAGGCUCAGCACGAGGUGGAGAUGGAGCGCGCUAAGGAGAUCUUCAAGAACGCCCUGCUGGCCAUCCUCAACCAGUUCGAGCAGAUCAGCGCCGUUUUCACCGCAGCCACCAGGCAAAAGGCAUGGGACCAUUUCUCAAAAGCUCAGCGCAAGAACAUAGACAUUUGGCGAAAGCAGUGUGAGGAGCUGAGGACGGCUCACAGUGAGGAGAUCAUGGGCAUCAGACGGGAGGAGGAGAUGGAGAUGUCCGACGAAGACGAAGACGAGAAUCCCUGUAAGAGGCUUCGCACCGAGGAGAACGGAUCAUGUGACCAGGCGUCUCUGAAGGAGGAGAAUGACUCCCUGCGUUGGCAGUUGGAGGCGUACAGGAACGAGGUGGAGCUUCUGAAGAGGGAGCAGAGAGGAGGAGGUGGAGGGAGACAUGAUGAAGAUCCUCCAGUGAUCCAGAUGCUGCAGCAGAACAUGCACAACAUGCAGCAGCAACUCCUCAGUGUUCAGGAGCAGCUGAGGAGUAAAGAAGCCGAGCUGGAGGAGACCAGAGAGGAGCAGCGCCUCCUGGAGGGGGGGGUGGUCUCCAUGAGGGACCAGGUGAGUCCACCACACACACACACAUACACACGCACACACACACACACACACACACACACACAUACACACACGUUUAGAACACGAGUUCAUCCAGAGACACUCAGUAAAUAAACACUUUCAUAUUUGGAACAAAAUGUUUCUGUUAAUCUUCAGUUAGUGUCUCCAUAUUAUUAAUGCUUCAUAUCAGUUAUCUGUUCGUGACCUCUUUGAGAAGAUCAAAAUGUUUAUCAAAGAAUAUGAAAGAAAAUGUGUUUAUGUAUCUUUCAAGACCUUCACCUCGCUCAGAGGCCGAUCUUACCGUAAUAACACUAGUAGAGGAGCAACUAAAUCCAGACGGCAGCUCCGUUUAUUCUCUGAUAUUUAUAAUCUCAGAGAACAUCUAGUAAACAUCUAGUAAACAUCUGGUAAACAUCUAAUGCAUUUACUAUUUUAAUUCUAAAAUUGAUCAAGGUUUUUUUCUCAGCGCUGUAAUUGUUGUGUCUGUCUCUCUGUGUGUCUCUCUGUCUCUCUCUCUCUGUGUGUCUCUCUGUCUGUGUGUCUGCCUCUCUG